UCCAACUUUGAAUAAUAUAUGCUCUCAAAUGUCAGGUGUAGCUCAACCCAUUGAAAAUAUCUUAGAUACUAACAUAAAACUUGAAAUUGAGCAAAAUAGGAAAAUUCUUAAACAAAUUGUUGAUACAGUUCUUUUUUGUGGAAGGCUUGGCAUUGGAUUACAAGGUCAUCGUGACGAUGCUCAAUUUCACCCAGAGGUCGGUUGCUAUUCAGUCAAUGGCAAUGUUGGUAAUUUUGUUGAAUCUUUAAAUUUUAGAGUUAGAGCUGGUGAUCAAACUUUGGAAAAUCAUUUGCUCAAAUGUGGCAAGAAUAAAAGUUAUAUUUCCAAGACCAGCCAAAACAAAAUCAUCAACUGUAUUGGUCAGCUGCCAAUUUUAUCAACAUAUCACAGACACGCAACAUACCCUUUGCUGAGCACGUUAAAAGUCAGAUGUUCAGACCAAGAAGGCAAAACUGGUACACUACCAAUCACCUCAUGUGAAUGUGAGAGAUCAAUUUCAGCACUGAGGAAUCUAAAAACCUACCAAAGGAGCACUAUGGUAGAGGAACGUUUAAAUGGCCUGGCUUUAAUGCGAAUUCACCCAGAAAUUAUUCCUGACAUAGAAAGACUGAUCAAUAUGUUUGCUGAAGAAAUAUUACUGACUUUGCAACUGGCUGCUUAA